GAUCGUUGUUUACGAGCUGGAAGUCGACGUCCGUGCGGCAGGAUAAUACAGGUUACCUAGACGGUGGUCCGGGGACAAAACUCUCUAAAGCUCUUCUCGCCUCGACAAAUAAAUGCCCAGAAUAGCUUACACAGUGAAAAAACACGCGAAAAGCAAGAAACACCGUCCGAACCGAGCGAGUAAAGGGUUGGUAAUACGAGUCCAAACUAAAGCGCACCAAGCUGUGUUCUCCUCGCUUUCUCAAUGCAUCCACUCUGUGCUCGAGGAACCAUGAAACCUGAGAUUACCGCCGCCGUCGGCUUCCUCUCCAGAUUCCUACGGGUAAAAGGCCAUGUGAACGACCGACAGUUACAAACCUUUAGCCAGACUCUCCAGGAAAUGCUGGCAGAGCAAUAUAAGCACCACUGGUUUCCUGACCGCCCGUGCAAGGGAUCGGGCUACCGCUGCAUCCGCAUCAACCACAAGAUGGACCCGCUGGUGGGCCAGGCAGGUCAGCGCAUUGGCCUAAGCACGCAGCAGCUAUAUCUGCUUCUACCUAGCGAGCUCACCCUCUGGGUCGACCCAUUCGAGGUGUCGUACCGCAUCGGCGAGGAUGGCUCCAUCUGUGUGCUUUAUGAAUCCCAGCCCAACAUCAUCACAAAUACCAACGGCACCAACAACACCUCCACUGGAACCAGCAGCUCUGCCAUGUCAUCUAUGCUGGACAGUCACAUCAGCUGCAAAGAAGAACUUCUGGUAUUGGGACGAACCAGUCCGGCCAAGCCCUACAUGAUGACCGUGUCCAGCUAAAGGAGCCACAGCUGCCAUUUUUUAAGAUAACGAAAAACAAGGAAAAAAAUCAUGAAAGGAGAAAAAAAAGCAAAGGACGUGUCCUAUUUUUCAGGUGAUGGAAACCAUGUAGGUUUAAUUGCUUGUUUAUGGUUGUCUGUUCUUUUUUGUGUUGGAUCAACCAGAGGCUUAGACCCUGGGGCAGCUAUUGAGACCUGAGAUAUCGCCCUUCUUUCUGGAGUAGGCUGGUCUGUGUGGCCAGACUGGGAGCCUUUACUCUCAAUUGUUAAUGUUGACUUUGCACUUUUGCUCAUGUUUGUUAUUUCAUCUGACUGGCACCAACACCCUUUAAAAAUAGGUUAUCUGAAGCCCAGGCUUGCCAGCAGCUGCACCAGAGCUGAGAACUGCCUCUGUGAGCUUUUCAAGCCCUCACAUGUUUGCACUCCGGGGCACUUUUUUCUUUUUCAGCCCCCUGGUGUACAGCUGUUGUCAACUUUUGACCUCUUCUCCUGGGCGUCAGGCUGACUGAUGUUAACAUUUCGACUGUACCCUAUUUUUCUGUGCUAGAGUUCUGGAAAUGCCUGUGUCAUUCUCUUACCUUUGCUGUCUUCGGCAAUACUGUGACAGAAAGGUUGUCAUAUUUGUAGCUUUUUACCAGGGGAGGGGCUCCUCUUCAUCACAUAUGAAUGUCAUUAUUAAAAAAUCCAGUUAAUUUAUUUCAGUCCUUCUGUCACCCAAAAGGAACAAAUGUAGCACAGCUGUCCAUGUCUUUUGGACAGCUUAGAAAAUACAUUAAAUGCACUUUUGACAUUUAGAUUGAGUGGGAUGGGAUGUUCAUGGUAAAAUUUGUUCAUGUCACAUUUCAGCAAUUUAAAUGUCCUAGCUCAUUUCUGGGUUUUUUUGUAGUCUGCUUGACACUUAUUAAUUUUGCUUUAUCCCCAUCAACCUUGUCAUUUCCAAUCAAGGCCUAGCAUUUUAACAGAAAAAAUGGUUCUAAACUGGUUUUAUUACAAAAAUCUUUUUAUGGAUCAAGGUCUGGUUGACCCCGCAUUGGCUGGCGAAAAGCACUGUGUGUGUAUGAUUGUGUGUUUGGGUCCCCCAAUUGGUCGGGCUUGUCCAUUCCUUUCAGUGCUGCUUAAAAGUGGAGAAUGGCACAUUUCCCCUAUUUCCUGAUAUUCCACACUGAAGCACAGGGAUCUGUUAGCUUGGCCAGCAGUUGCUUAGAGCACACAGGAGCACACAGCGAAACAUAUCAUUACCCUCCUCAGGCUUGGUGGAGGUGGUGAUGGGGGGAGUCGGACACCAGACUAGGGCAGCUACAAUACCUCCCCCCCCGACCCUCAUCACCACGAUUAUUGAACAGCCAAGAAAAGAGGGCAGCCAGCAUAUACGCAUAUACACUCUGAGUGCACUCCAGACCCACUGAGCCUUAUUAAGCGCGAGAGAGACUGUGAGUGGAGCUAAUGUUGCCUGGCUUCUGGCCACGGUGCUGCUGAUGGAUUCACACUGAAUCGGUUUGCAGGAGAUCAGAUGUGCAUUGAUGGAAAGGACAAGGCAGGUUGUGUGUGUGUGUGUGUUUGUGUGCAUAUGUUUGAGUGACCUUAGCUGUACAGCAGUGUGCUGACGAUCAGUGCUGUACGUGUGCUAAUGCCUUUGAUCUUUAAUAAUCAUAGGUGAUGAAGCCAGGUUACUGGCUAUGUUUACAUGCAGCCUGUUAAUCUAUUAAUGCUUGGGCUUAUAUAUCGAUCAGAUUAUAAACAUUAUCUAUAUCUAUAUGCUAAUCCAAAUCAGAUUUGUAACUAAGAUAGUUACUGCGAUUGUUUGGAUCUUUAUUCACCAAUGCAGAAAAAACAGCAAUUUUAUAAUGAAUUAAAACUCACUGUACAUUUUAAAGGUUACAACAGAUCAGCGCGCUAGGAUAGUAUGUUUGUCAGUGGUUGAUACAGACCCUGAGCUGUAUUGUGAGAGUCCCAGUAAUAACAUUAAACUAAGAACAAUAACUAAAUAAGUGUAUGCAUAUUUUACCAUGUUCAAAGGCUGCUUAUUUAUCAGCUCAGGCUCAGCCAAGGUAAAUGAACCGCAACACACUGUUGCUGUGUGCUGCACUAAGACCAAACAGCUGAUCUAUUAUGAAACAUUUGCUACUCAUUAACUCACUAAACUGAGCGUUAAGUGCAUAAAACUGCACGAAGCCAAAACACCCCAAAGUCAGAUACAGUGUAUCACAAAAGUGAGUACACCCCUCACAUUUCUGCAGAUAUUUAAGUAUAUCUUUU